AUGAUCCGUUGCGAGGCCUGCGGCGCCGAGGCCGUUGACCUCGACCUCGACCAGCCCGUAUGUACAGAGUGCGCGACACUGCACCGUGGCGGACUUGUCAAAUUAGUCAAUACAGAAGAUUACGAAGGCAGGUACGCGCAGGACGCGGCUCCUAACUACGCGCCACUACAGGCUCUCAAGAGCGUGCGCAAUGAUGGUUGGGACAUCGCUGGGCAAGGAAGCGUGCCAACCCAUGAACGUAACACGCUGUCCAUAAACAAGUUCAUUCAAAGCCUUGCGAAUAUUCUCGGCCAUCCCGGAGUUGCGCCGCGGGCGCAACAUCUCUUUGCAAGAGCUCGUGAGCACCCCGAUACGCACAUAAGAUGGGGCAAGGCGGCGGAAGUCUGUGCUGGCGCCGCACUAUUCGUAGCACUUCGGGCGGAAGGCUACUCCGACCGCACCGACGAGAUCGCUGCACGUUUGAAUGUUGAAUCGAAGGACAUCAGCCGAGUGCUGCUACGCUUCUUGAAGCAAGACGACUCGGCAGUUUGGAACGUGCGCCUCGCACCAUCGACCGCGGACAAGUUUCUAGACGCAACCCUGCUCUUCCUCUGCUCGGACACUGCUUCAUUAUCGGCCGAGACAAGCGCAUUCGUGCGCCCGCUCCUUCCAAGCGCACACCGCGCCAUUCUAAAGACCGCGCAUGCCUUAUAUGAGGAUGUCAUGUGUCCAUGUGCCACCCCGGAUGAGAUUGAGCGUGCUCCAGCAGUGGCCGCCGCGGCGCUUGUCAUCCUCGCUCUCGAAGGACACGCCGGCAAACCAGCGCCCCAUGUAUUGAAACUUGCGGGUGUACUGGGCUCGCGACCGGGCGUCAACGUCCUGGGACCGGCUGUGAUGGAACGAUACCGCCGAGUCCUCGACGCGUUUGAGACGCGAGCAAAGAGCGUGCCCUUCAUCGAUGUGCACACGCCUAAAGCAGGCAGGCAGCGCGGAGGCGCGAAGACUGACGCGCGUCGCGCCCAGCUGGCGAGAAGCGUUCGGGACGCGCUUGCCUUCUUUGCAUCCGAGCGAGCGCGAGGAGUUGCACAGGCCGAGACCGAGAUCGUAUUUCCUUCCUGGGAGAAUGGUGAAGACGAUGAGAAGAGUGAUAGGGACGCGUCCUCCGGCAAGAUGAAUAGCAAGCGUGCUACUCCUGACAGCGAUACCUACUACGAUGGUCCUCGAAAGAGGUCUAGGCAGGGACCGCGCACCACACAUGGUCGCGCUCGUGCAUUCUUGCUCGAUCCGUCAGUCAACGCGGAGGCACCUUGCCUUUCAGCCUCUACGUAUCUACUUGCGCCGCACGCCCAUCCUGAGAAGCAUCAGCCGACACGUUUGCAGCAGCUGUCCGCGAUGAGAGGCGGCGGAGAUGCUGUCGAAGACGAUGAGCUGUUCGCUGAUGGCGAAUUAGAGGGCUUGAUCAUGCAGGAUGAUGAAGCGGAAGUUGGCGACAGGCGCAGAGUGCUCAACACGCUCGUACCGGUGGCAGAGAAGAAGAGCGUCGAGCUAGUGGAGAAGCAUCUCACAGCCGAGGAGCGUGCGAAGCGGAGGGGUUUGGGUCGCAUGAACGUCGAAGCGCUCAGAAGGGUUCUCGGAGAGAAUGGGAUGUCGACGGAGGACUCGGAUUCUCUGAAUGGUUUAGAGCUUCUCCGCUGGAGCGAGGAUGAUGAUUGGGCGGACGGAGACGGCUCGGACGGCGAUGCGAAGGAGUAUGCCACCCACGGGAUGUCUGGAGCUGCAGGAGUUGAAGAGGUUCUCGGAGAUUGGCGACCGCCAUCUCCAGGGGUAGGAGGCACUUUCGGCUGGGACGGAGAUUGGUGA